AUGGCCACCAAAAGACACGCCAGCUUCUUUAGGCUGUCUCACCAUCCACGAUGGCGCACAGAACCCUCGACAGAACUCAGGAAACGGUGGAGAGCAACAACCCAACAAAACCCAGAGGAACCACCCAGUAGGACACGAGUUUCAACGUCUUCAGCCUGGUUUCUCCUGCUGGUGCUCAUACUUUUAUUCUUGCCUUGUGAGGUCUGGGGUGCCACAUUCACCAUCGCCCUUUUGGGACCCUGGACGUGUGACCCUAUGUACUCCAAAGCCCUGCCUGAUGUGGCUGCUCGUCUGGCCAUGACCCGCAUCAACAAAGACCCCUACCUCAGUAAAGGAUACUGGUAUGAUUAUACUUUGAUAAAUGAGGACUGCCAGACCUCUAGGGCUUUGGCCCGCUUCGCAGAGUUGGAGGGUUACGGCUCGGCCUUCCUAGGGCCAGCAAAUCCAGGAUACUGCACCUCGGCUGCCCUGCUAACCAAGAACUGGAAUGUGGGCCUCCUGUCCUGGUCAUGUCUCAAAGCUAACAUGGACGACGGGACGUAUCCGACGUUCUUGCGGCCGCUGCCUGUCUCGUCUCGGGUGCUGUUUUCUGUACUGCGAUUCUUCCGCUGGGCACACGUUGCUAUUGUGUCAGAAGAGAGCGACAUAUGGGAUGCAACUGGGCAGGAGCUUGCUGCAUCACUUCGUACCCUCGGUCUACCGGUCAGCACAGUGGUUACCAUGGAGACAGAUGAAAAUGGGGCCCGAAAAGCUCUGGAGAAGAUACGGGACGCGGACCGCGUGAGAGUGAUCAUCAUGUGCAUGCACUCUGCCCUCCUGGGCGGAGAAUCUCAGUACAAGCUGCUGACCACGGCCAUGCGUAUGCGCAUGAUCGACCGUGGGUAUAUCUUCAUCCCGUACGACACCCUGCUCUAUGCGCUUCCGUAUAAAAACGUGAGCUACCCGGUACUGGCUAAUGACACCCAACUGAGGCGAGCCUACGACGGAGUCCUCACCAUCACGAUGGACCAAGGGGAGCUGAAUUUUUACGAGGCCUUCAGAGAAGUGCAGGAAAGUUACGAGAUCAGGAGCAGUGCUGAACCCGAACAGGUCUCUCCAUUCUUUGGCACCAUCUACAACAUGCUGUACUACACGGCGAUGGCGGUAGAGCAGAGCCGCAUGGCUGAAGGUGGCCGAUGGGUGACGGGCGACAUCCUAUCUCAGAACGAGGGCAACUUCGAGUUCAAGGGCUUCAAUCAGCUGGUCUCGGCGGGCAGCGACGGCGAGGGCAUGCAGGCACGCUACGUGGUGCUGGACACUAACGGUAUCGGGUCCACCCUGCAGCGCACGCACGUCCUGGAGGCACCGCAUACGUAUGGAAAGUUUGGCGCUCUUAAGUACAUGGGGAAGUCCAUCCAUUUUGCGGGAGCCUCGCCUAGCACCGACCCCAACUGCUGGUUUAGCAGCUACGUGGCCUGCAGUGGUGGUUUGGAUGGGGUGACCUUCUUCUUUCUUUUCCUGCUCUUCUUUGCUUUAGCGGCUGCAAGUGUUUUCCUUUAUCAUUUGAAGUUGACUGGCCAAAUUAGUAUCCUGGGAGGAUUUGGAGGAGGAGGGAUCGCAACCCCUUCUAAGAUCAUUCUUACGCUGGACGACUUGGUCUUCAUCAACACACAACUGAGCAGAAGGAAGCUGAACGAAGACAGUAUGGUCAGUAAAACUCAGCUGGAGGACAAAACCCCUCGGCAUUCCGUGUCUGGACGGAGCUACUUCACGUCCACUCCAGAAACCUCCAACGUGGCUGUGUUUGAGGGUGACUGGGUGUGGCUGAAGAAAUGCCCGAGCGGAGGAGCAAUCUCAGACAUCAGUGACAGCACACAAACCAUCUUCAUUAAGCUCAGGGACAUGAGACAGGAGAACCUGAACCUGUUCCUGGGUCUGUUUCUGGACUCUGGAAUAUUCGGCAUAGUGACCGAGCACUGCACACGAGGCAGCCUGGAGGACCUGCUGAACAACGAAGAGAUGAGACUGGACUGGAUGUUUAAAUCCUCCCUGCUUAUGGAUCUGAUCAGGGGAAUGAAGUAUCUGCACAAUCGAGGCGUCAUUCAUGGGCGGCUGAAGUCCCGGAACUGUGUGGUUGACGGCCGGUUCGUGCUCAAGGUGACCGACUAUGGCUUGAACCAAAUCAUGGAGUCCCUAAGCAUGAACGAGGAGGACAGCAAACCAGAAGAUCAGUUGUGGACAGCACCAGAGAUCCUGCGAAGCGACAACCUGAGCAAAGGAACCCUCAGAGGAGACAUGUACAGCUUUGCCAUAAUCAUGCAGGAGGUCAUCUCUCGAUCGGCUCCCUUCUGCAUGCUGGACAUGCCCGUGAAAGAGAUCAUAUAUAAGGUGCGCAACCCUCCUCCUCUCUGCCGACCCUCUGUAUCGAUGGAUGAGGCUCCGCUGGAGGUCAUUCAGAUAAUGAAGCAAGCCUGGAGUGAAGAACCGGAGCAGAGACCCACGUUUGAGGAGAUCUUUAAACAGUUUAAGACCAUCAGUAAAGGAAAGAAGACCAACAUCAUAGACUCCAUGCUACGUAUGCUUGAGCAGUACUCCACCAAUCUGGAGGACCUGAUCCGUGAAAGAACCGAGGAACUGGAGGUGGAGAGACAGAAAACGGAUGCCCUGGUGGCCCAGAUGCUGCCCAAGUCCGUGGCUCUGGCUCUGAAAAAGGGGAAACCAGUGAAACCGGAGCAUUUCUCCGAGGCCACGCUGUACUUCAGCGACAUCGUCGGUUUCACCACCAUCUCGGCCCUGAGUGAACCCAUCGAGGUGGUCGACCUCCUCAAUGACCUCUACACUCUGUUUGACUCCAUCAUCCAUCAACACGAUGUCUACAAGGUGGAGACGAUCGGUGAUGCAUACAUGGUGGCGUCGGGCGUCCCCACCCGCAACGGAAACCGACACGCGGCUGAGAUGGCCAACAUGUCUCUGGACAUCCUGUCCUGCAUCGGGACAUUCAAAUUGAGACAUAUGCCCAGUGUUAAAGUCAAAAUACGCAUCGGACUCCACUCAGGUCCAGUGGUGGCUGGAGUGGUGGGGCUGACGAUGCCCAGGUACUGUCUGUUCGGAGACACAGUAAACACAGCGUCUCGAAUGGAAUCCACAGGGUUGCCUUACAGAAUCCAUGUCAACCAGAGCACAUUUGAUGUCCUCAAAGAGCUCAACCUUGGAUAUCAGAUACAUUCAAGGGGCCGGACAGAACUUAAGGGUAAGGGAAUAGAAGAGACAUACUGGUUAGUCGGAAGAGAAGGGUUCAACAAGCCUCUACCUGUUCCUCCAGAUCUUACACCAGGGGCAAGCAACCAUGGCAUCAGCUUGGAGGAGGUUCCCGAGGAUAGAAGACAACGCUUUCUAGAUCGGCAAAAGAAGAUGGGGUGA